GCCCUGAACGGAAGUUGUCGCAGGAAGCAGGAAGCAGUCUCUGCAGGCAAGCCUUUUUUUUUUAGCUGUUCUGAUUGGUCCAGAGCCACCUUUCGCCUCCGAUCAAAAUGUCACGAGCACGGCCACCGCCGCUGGUCACGGGCAUCUCGCCCAAGGAGGGACCCGCCUGGACCAAAGUGACCAUUCGUGGAGAAAACCUGGGCACGGGCCCAACAGACCUUAUUGGUCUGUCCAUCUGCGGCCAUAACUGCAUGCUGACAGCGGAGUGGAUGUCGGCCAGCAAAAUAGUGUGCCGCGUGGGUCCUGCCAAAGACGACAAGGGAGAAAUCAAUGUCACCACCAAGUCCGGAGGCCUCGGCACCUCGACCGUCUCGUUCAAGCUGCUCAGGCCGGAGAGGAUCGGUAUCCUGGAGCAGUCUGCCGUGUGGGUGGAUGAGGUGAACUACGACAUGAGGACGAACCGCAACAAAGGAAUCUCGCCCUUCUCCCUGCGUCCCAGCAAUCCGCUGGGCGUCGAGAUGGACAAGAGUAAAGUCCCACUGAAAGACCUGGAGCAGAUAUUCCCAGGAAUGAGUGGCGACUUCACCAGUGAGAACUUCUCUGCCUCCUGGUACCUCAUAGAGAACCACGCAGGCUCCAGUUUUGAGCAGCUGAGGGUCGCGGCCAGUAAUCUGAAGAAGCAAGCAUCUAAGAAAAACGAGGGGAGCAUGGCCUAUGUGAAAGGAGGCCUCAGCACAUUCUUUGAGGCCCAGGAUGCUCUGGCAGUUAGAGCGGCCAACCACAACACGGUUAAAUCACCUCCAUCAAAAUGA